ACUAGCUAGCUCCUUUCAGCUGAAACUGAGGAGCUCCGCCUCAACAAGACAGCAGGUGACAAGAUUUAAGUUUCGCUUAAACGUUUAGCAAUAAUGUUGCCGUGUUUUGACCCUAACAAGCCCUGGACUCCGAGUCCUGAUGAUCUACGAUUUUUGACGACCCCAUCCGCUGUGUAUCCGACGGGUUGGCCCGGUCUUCCCGCUACGAAGCACUACCAGGAGCCUGUUUCCCGCUCAGAACACAGGGUCAUGGACUUCCCCGCCAUGUUGGUGCUACCUCAACUACUACCACCGUCGGUUAUGCCGUUCCAUAACCAUUCAUUUUUUGAACAUUAUUACGCAAAUGAGAGCAGAAAAGACGUCCUACACAGGUCUGUGUUUGAUUUGGUGGGUGCUCAUCACUGUCUGCCAUUAACGGACACGGAGCUGCUACGAUGGUAUCUCUGCCUGUCUCCGGAGGACAGGAGGAUCAUACUGGAUGAAGGAGGAUUCCACCACUUCCUACAGAGUCAUCCUGGCUUGGAGCUAUCUGAAGGUCAUGUUUAUGUGAAGCAAACUUCUCUGCCGAUGUCUGAGCAGGAGAAUUUAACUCCGGUUGGCAAUUCUAACAGUGUGAACGGAUCACAACCUGAGGAAAUCUGCAACAACCCUACGGUCCACCAGCAACCCUAUAACCUCCCUCUCACAUUCACACAGAACCAGCACAAGGGUCCAUCGUUUUCUCAGCUGAACAGCAGUAGUGUCAGUGCAGCUGUUUCUUUGGACAUGGAGUUAGAAAGAUUUACACAGAGAAGAAAGCCUGUGUUUUGGAGCCGGGACUUCACAAUCCAGGCAGACAGCGACCCUCCAACAGCAAGCUGUGAACCCCUUAAUGUGAAGAGCAUGGCAGAGAAGUCCCCCUUCACUAUUCCCUGUGCACCCAGCUGUGAUGCUACAACUAACACUGAGACGGAGAGGUGCACAUCGAAUCACACUCAAACUGAAGGUUCAAAAACAGCUGAGCAGCACAUCAUGACUGAGCUUCAAAUGAACGAUCUGGACUGUCUCGCUGAGGAGCUUAUCAAGCUCAAGAUGCUUCAAGAAUGGAAGGAGCCACAGGAAAAGAUCGAAAGAAAGGAUUGCAACUGUAAGCAGCGAGCACAGCAGGCAGAGCUGUCCCUGCUCACCCUGCAGUAUGAACUGUGCAGACAACACGUCUGGAGGCUCUACGACACAUCUAAUGAGGGACACCUGCCGCUUACAAUAGCUAAAGACCCACCUUCAAACAUUCUGAGAAUCCUGCAGAAACUGGAAACUGACUACAAGCUGAUGAAGCAUCAGAUCCUGAUGGGGGUUCCUUUGGAACAGCUACGUCCUCUGUGUGUGGAGUUUGAAAAGAUAACCACAGGAGCAUGUUACAUCCCUGUACAGAUCAUUGGUGACGUGGUGGGAAUUGCUCCUUCAUGGACCGCCCAGGGGACGCAGAAGCAUGAAGGAGCUGAGGACAUUGGAUGUCUUGAUGAUGAGGGCAGCUGGCAGAAAACAAAACUCGUCAAGAAGGAAAAUGAAGAAGUGAGGAGAGCUACUGCUCUUGUGCCCAAAGACAGAUUUGUUAAGAAAAUCACUUGUGAGAGCGUGAACAUUAGUGAGGUUUGGUAUGAUGCUGUGGAGGAACUGCAGCUCCCAGGACCGGCAGCAGCUGCAGAGAUCUGUCCGAAUUCAGACAUGACUGACAGUAUGACAUCAUCCAAGAUGGAAAUGCUCAUCGGCCUGUGCGCUGAAUAGCAUAAAAUGCAUGUGAACCGUCUAAGGGGCACUUUCAUUCUCACUGAAAAAGAAAACUGUUGGAUCAGCAGAUUAAUUCCUUACAAGUCAGGUGUGAUGAUUCGUAAGGUGGACAGGCUGGAGACAAUCACACCUAGCUGCGUAAGGCUGUGCCUAAUUAUGGAACGAAGGUAGCUUUGGCACAGCUGGAGGACAUCACCAAUGGAAGAAGUCAGAGGAAGUGUUUUUUUUUUUCCCAGAAAUCCUACUGACCUGCUGGUACAUGAUGAUGCAUAGCUUAUUGGUCAUUUUAGAUUGUCCAGGGCAAUUAUCUUGGAGCUCUGCAUGGAACUGGCCCCAGUGUUACAGAGGGAAACCAGGAGGAACCGUGAGUCACAGAUGUCAAAUCAAGUUCUCACUACGCCACAGUCCUUUCAACCGGAGCUUUUUAGAGGGAGCUGACUGAUAGGUUGGGUAUUUCAACAGUCAUCUCUGAGUCGAGCUAUGCCAGCCAUAUGGGUCGGCCUCAUCUGGAUGCUGCUCUGAUAUAGUUCCCCUGUGCUGUGGCUCGUAUUUGCAGCGAGGAGCCAAUUUCUGAAUGUCAUCAGACCUAUAGAGUACACAGAUAUUGCUAUAAGGGCCCCAUCUGUACGUGAAUAUUGCUGUAACUUCUGCCAAACGUG